AAUUACUAAAGCGUACGGUCCUCUUGUUGGCCAGUACAAGAGCGAGACAAGCUGAGACGGUAAGAGAGAAGGGAAGAGACGACCAGAAGGCUGAAUCUGGAAACUAGAGACGAUGCACACGUUAAACAUGGUGGCGUUCACGGCGGCCGCCGCGACAGGGCUGGCGGCGUUGGAGGCGGAGCAAUCGGGAGGCAUAGCGUUCGGAUCGGUGUGGUUUUUCAUCUAUGCCGGCGUAUCCUGCGUGCUCGUCCUCUUCGCCGGCAUAAUGUCCGGCCUCACUCUCGGACUCAUGUCCCUCGGCCUCGUUGACCUCGAGAUUCUCCAGCGCAGUGGCACCUCCACCGAGAAGAAGCAAGCAGCUGCUAUUCUUCCAGUUGUCCAGAAACAGCACCAGCUUCUUGUGACCCUGCUCCUGUGCAAUGCAUGUGCUAUGGAGGCCCUUCCCAUAUACCUGGAUAAGCUAUUCAAUCAAUAUGUUGCUAUUUUGCUCUCUGUGACCUUUGUUCUAGCUUUUGGAGAGGUGAUUCCACAAGCAACGUGUGCCAGAUAUGGACUUGCUGUAGGCGCAAAUUUUGUUUGGCUUGUGCGCAUUUUAAUGAUAAUUUGCUAUCCAAUUGCUUAUCCUAUUGGAAAAGUUCUAGAUUGUGUAUUGGGACAUAAUGAAGCACUAUUUAGACGGGCUCAGUUGAAAGCUCUUGUCUCCAUCCAUGGCCAGGAGGCUGGCAAGGGUGGUGAAUUGACACAUGAUGAGACAACAAUUAUUAGUGGAGCACUAGAUUUAACUGAGAAGACUGCUGAGGAGGCUAUGACACCCAUUGAGUCUACAUUUUCCUUGGAUGUGAACUCAAAAUUGGACUGGGAAGCAAUGGGAAAAAUUCUUGCUCGAGGUCAUAGUCGAGUUCCUGUUUAUACUGGAAACCCAAAAAAUAUAAUCGGACUUUUACUGGUGAAAAGUCUUCUUACAGUACGACCUGAAACAGAGACCCCUGUCAGUGCUGUUUCCAUUCGGAGAAUCCCACGGGUUCCUGCUGAUAUGCCCCUGUAUGACAUAUUGAAUGAAUUCCAAAAGGGAAGCAGUCAUAUGGCAGCUGUAGUGAAAACUAAAGGGAAAAACAGAAACCCCCCAUCAAGUCUCUGCAAAGAGAAACCUGAAGAGAGCAAAGUCAACAGUGGGGACUCUCAAUUGACUACUCCUCUUCUAUCAAAGCCUGAUGACAGGCCAGAAAAUGUUGUUGUUGACAUUGAAAAGGCCUCAAGGCCAUCCACCAUAAGCAGGCAAACAUUUUCUCAACAAAAUGAUGCUUCCACAAAUGGAUUGCCUCGUAUGUCGGAUGAUAUUGAAGAUGGUGAAGUGAUUGGGAUCAUCACCUUGGAAGAUGUCUUUGAAGAGCUUCUGCAGGAGGAGAUCGUAGAUGAGACAGAUGAAUUCGUUGAUGUACAUAAAAGGAUACGCGUGGCUGCAGCUGCAGCUGCAUCUUCAGUGGCACGUGCCCCAUCAAUUCGAAGGUUAACUGGCAAUAAAGGAGCGGGAGGACAAAAUAAGCCCGGACAAAGCCCAAAGAAGUCGACAGAGGAAGGCUCAAACUCAAACUCGACAAGGUGACAAGGGAGUCUUGGCUAGCCUCGUCUUCCUGUUCAGAACAAGAGAUUAAUACUGGAGGCAGUGUGAUUCUUUGUGGUCUGGGCUUAGCAUAUUCUUCAUGAACAAGAGGUGAAUUCUGAAUGCAGUUUGAUUUGUCGUCUGUUAUGCCCUAUCCAGCCUGUGGGGGAGAGAGAGUUGUUUAGUGGUUUUGUGAGGAGGAGAUGAAAUAAAGCGCCUCCUAAUCUAAUGUAAAUCUUUGAAUAAUCUCUUUUCCGUUAAUAUUUUUUCUACAUCCGCUUCCAUUCCAAUUUCCAAACA